AUGAACACAUCCAAUCCGCCAGCAUACUCCCCAUCGGAAGACUUCGACUAUCUCAUGGAAAAGUCCGAUGCUCCCAUGAUUCUUCCACAAGAAGACGAACCUGGAUUUGCUGCCGCAUUACCUCUCAGCAGAGGUCUGCAGGUACCAUCCCGAACCCGCAACUGCACAUCAGGCUUCGAGUACCCGGAAGAACUAUCCCACUAUGGUGUCUCGCAAGAAAAUUGGGCAGACUUCACACAACUCGUCUGUGAAGAAGCCAAGCUAUCACGCCAGCAAUGGACCACAGUGGUGGGGAAAGGUCUCGGGACCUUCGCAGUCGGUGGGCUGAUGGUCGGUCUAUUCGGUACUGUCCCAGCAAUUUUCGUGGCCCGGAAUGCUAGACGCCGACAGGAACAGCGGAAUCUGAUAUAUGCACUGGCUGGGGAUCAGGGAAAACGUCUAUCCCGUCACAUUUCGCAUUGGAAUGAGUCUUUCUUCCGACCAAAAGGCAUUUUGAUCCGUGUUGAUUUGCCGGAUGAAUACCUCAACGAUAUGCAAAGCAUGGAUAUCCAUGCAAGUGCGAGCUCACUACAGUCUAGCUCGAAGGCGCGAGACAAGGCGGGUCUCAAGGCAAGGAUUGUGAUUAUUCCUCUGGAUGGGGUCAAAGUUUAG